UCGUGACCUCAUCAGGAGGCGGAGCGUGGCGUCCCGGUAUUCUCCGACUUGGGCUCUCCAGGAACAUGACUACUCCGGGCCCUGUGAAUCCGGAGAUGCCCUUUGAACCCUCGCAGCCCCCCGUCAUCGAGGGCUUCAAACCCACUGCGCACGGCCAGACGGAAAGCUUCAAGGAAAAGUUCAUCCGCAAGACCCGCGAGAACCCAAUGGUGCCCAUAGGAUGCCUGGGCACCACGGCCGCCCUGUGCUACGGCCUCUACUGCUUCCACCGGGGCCAGCCCCACCGCUCCCAGCUCAUGAUGCGUACCCGGAUCGCCGCCCAGGGCUUCACCAUCGUGGCCAUCUUGGUGGGUUUAGCUGCGUCCUCCGUGAAAUCUCGGGCCUGAACUCACGCCCGAGCCUUGCAAGCUCCCACCGAGAGGAUUCCAGAGUCUAGGAGCCAACCACCAGCCCCGAUGGAAGACAUCAAACAGGUCCCGUUGUGGAAGGAUGUGGCCCAUUGUUGUCAUCGACAGGUUUUUUGGUUGUUGUUUUUGUUUUCUUCAGAAAUCCCAGGUUUGGUUUAGUUUGGGUUUGCCAUACUUGGGUUUGUGCCACAUCCCCUCCACUCGAUACUGAAUAAACUCUAAUCCGCAUG